ACGCAGGACGCAAAGUGAACUGGCCGAGAUUCGGGCACCGACGUUGAGUUAAGAGUUGAGGGACGAAACAUCUCCAACGAUAACAACAAAAAAACACAUCAACAAAGCGCUUCUUGUGCCACUGGACACUGGAUAAACAUGCCUCUCUGACUUAUUCUAAAUGGGAUUGUUAUUGAAGUGCGCGAUUUAACCCGAUGCGGAAAAUAUGAUGGGGAUGAUUGUCGAAGUAAACACAGGAGAAAGUUUACUCCUUUUGGAAUAUGAAUGAAUAGUCUUGAUGCCACAACAUAGCUAACUCACAGUGCACCAAGGCCAUGAUAGACAGCCUUUGCAUACAGAUGUCUUCUCUCUAGCUAGCUAGCUAGGUGAUAGCGCUAAGCCUAAGUUACAAUAGGCAGUAACAUUAUACGUUCAGUCGUGACAUUUAAUUGAAAUGGCUAACUAGCUGGCUAUAUGUUUUUUUUUUUUUAUCUACCAGGCUAACUAUCUAAAAUAGCAAUAGAGUUUGCCAGUUAGCUAACUAGCUAAUCAUUGGUUUAUCUAGUUAGCUAGAAACGCUUGAAAGGAAAGCCCGAGUUGGCUAACUAAUUAGCUAGCGCACUAGGCGAGCUAACAUAUCAACUAGCUAGUAAAUGAGACCGCUAACGAGUUGCUAGCUUAGCUUAGCCUAGCUUAGCACUUUGUCCAAUUUGAAUCUCAGGUUAUCGCUAACUGGUUUAUAUAUGUGCUUUGCACUUCAAUUAGCUCGCUAACAGUAAGACAUGUUUUUUUUCUUUCUAGUUAGCAUUUCCAAACUUUGCUCGAUUUAGUGUACGGGUUAGCUCGUGUUUUAUAUAUACAUCUUAGUUAGCUCAAGCUGCCUUUCCACCGUGCCUGGACUGACCGACCCGCACCAGGACAAGCCGGGGCCGAUGCUGACAGUCCGGAUCACGGCAACAGUAAGGAGCCAUGCAGCCGCAACAAAUAUACGACUUUUCAAGUGACGAGAACAGUCACAAAUGGCGAGGCCUCUUCGUCCAAGCGUUGCGAAAGGUGCAGCUACAGGUGCACCCCAACCUGUCAGCCACGGAGGGCGCUCUGCAGCACAUCGAAGAGCUGAUCCUGCAGCUGCUCAACAUGCUGUGUGUGGCCCAGCCACGCUCUGUACAGGACGUGGAGGAGCGGGUACAGAAGACUUUCCCCCACCCCAUAGAUAAAUGGGCCAUAGCUGAUGCCCAGUCGGCCAUCGAGAAGAGGAAGAGGAGGAAUCCCCUACUGCUCCCUGUGGAUAAGAUACACCCUCUACUCAAGGAGGUGCUGGGUUAUAAGAUAGACUACCACGUCUGCCUCUACAUCGUGGCGGUUCUAGAGUACAUAUCAGCUGACAUCCUGAAGCUAGCAGGAAACUACGUUGGUAACAUCAGACACUAUGAGAUCAGCCAGCAAGACAUCAAGGUGUCCAUGUGUGCAGACAAGGUCCUAAUGGACAUGUUUGACCAGGACGAGGACAUCGGUCUGGUGUCUCAGUGUACGGAGGAGCCUUCGUCGUCGGGGGAGCUGACCUACGACGACCUGGUGCGCCUGGAGAUUGCAGAGGAGCGCCAGUACCUGCGGGAGCUCGACCUCAUCAUCAAGGUGUUCCGACAUCACUUCCUGUUCAACAACAAGAUCUUUACGCCUCAGGAUGUGGAGGUGAUUUUCAGUAACAUCUUGGACAUCCAUGAGUUGACGGUCAAGCUGCUGGGCCUGAUCGAAGAUGCAGUGGAGAUGACCGCUGACGGUAGUCCACAUCCUCUGGUGGGCAGCUGCUUCGAGGACCUGGCAGAGGAGCAGGCGUUUGACCCAUACGAGACCCUGUCUCAGGACAUCCUGUCCAGGCAGUUCCACGAGCACUUCAGCAGCCUGAUGGCCCGGCCUACUGUAGGACUAUACUUCCAGUCCAUAGCUGAAGGUUUCAAGGAGGCUGUUCAGUACGUCCUGCCACAGCUCAUGAUGGUUCCUGUAUACCACUGUUUGCACUACUUUGAACUACUGCAGCAGCUGCAGGAGCACAGUGAGGAGCAGGACGACAGGGAGUGUCUGAAGCAGGCUAUCACCGCUCUGCUCAACCUCCAGUGUAGCGUGGAACGCAUCUACACCAAACACCUGCCCCGACGCAAGCCUGGCGAGCCCAUGUACCGUCUGUACAGUCGUCAGGUGCGCAGCAAACAGCUGGCCAUCAAGAGGAUGAACGAGAUCCAGAAGAGCAUUGACGGCUGGGAGGGGAAGGACAUCGGCCAGUGCUGUUCCGAGUUCAUCCUGGAGGGGGCGCUCCUCCGCGCCGGCGCCAAACACGAGCGACACAACUUCCUGUUCGACGGCCUCAUGAUCAGCUGCAAGGCCAAUCAGAGCUCCCGACUCCCCGGUUCUGGAAGUGGGGCCGAGUUCCGUCUCAAGGAGAAGUUCGUCCUGCGGAAAGUUCGCAUCGUGGACCGCGAGGACUCGGCGGAGUUCAAACACGCCUUCGAACUCGUCGGUAAAGACGAGAACUGUGUGGUGUUCUGCGCCCGCUCGGCGGAGGAGAAAGGGUCUUGGAUGGCGGCGCUGGUCACCCUGCAGUACCGCUCCACGCUGGACCGUAUGUUGGACACUGUUCUGCAGCACGAGGAGCAGGCCCAGCCCCUCCGCCUGCCCUCGCCAGAGCUAUACCGCUUCGCUGUGCACGACUCCGAGGAGAACAUCGUGUUUGAAGAUCGCGUCCAGAGCAAGACGGGGAUACCCAUUAUUAAAGCAGGCACGGUGGUCAAGCUUAUAGAGAGGCUCACCUACCACAUGUAUGCUGAUCCCAACUUUGUGCGCACUUUUCUGACCACCUACCGGUCCUUCUGCAAGCCCCACGAGCUCCUCGGCCUCCUGAUAGACAGGAUUGAGAUCCCAGAGCCGGAGCCCACCGAGGCAGACAAGCAGGCGCUAUGGAACGGAGAUCAGCCAAUGGCUGCAGAGCUACAGAGGUUCCGGAGGGAGUACGUCCAACCCGUCCAACUCCGGGUCCUGAAUGUUUUCCGUCAGUGGGUGGAACAUCAUUUCUAUGACUUUGAGAACGACCCUGAGCUACGAGGCAGACUGGAGGAGUACAUCAGCAGCAUUAUACAGCUACGAGGCAAGUCUAUGAGGAAGUGGGUGGAGUCUAUCAACAAGAUCAUCAAGAGGAAGAUGCAGACUCAGUCCAACGGGGUCAGCCACAACAUCACCUUCGAGAGCCCGCCCCCGCCCAUCGAGUGGCACAUCAGCCGCCUGGGUCAGACGGACACCUUUGACCUCAUGACCCUUCACCCCAUAGAGAUCGCCCGCCAGCUCACCCUGUUGGAGUCAGAGCUAUACAGGGCUGUGAGGCCAUCUGAGCUGGUGGGGAGUGUCUGGACCAAAGAGGACAAGGAGAAUAACUCUCCCAACCUACUGAGAAUGAUCCGCCACACCACCAACCUCACACUGUGGUUUGAGAAGUGUAUUGUGGAAGCAGAGAACCUGGAUGAGAGAGUAGCCGUGUUCACCCGGGUCAUUGAGAUCCUCCAGGUGUUUCAGGAGCUCAACAAUUUCAACGGUGUUCUGGAGGUGGUCUCCGCCAUCAACUCUGUCCCCGUCUACCGGCUCGAUCACACCUUUGAGGCGGUCCCCGAGAGGAAGAAGAGGAUCCUAGAGGAAGCAGUGGAACUGAGCCAGGACCAUUUCAAGAAGUACCUGGCCAAGCUCAAGUCCAUUAACCCGCCCUGCGUGCCUUUCUUUGGUAUCUACCUGACCAACAUCCUGAAAACAGAGGAGGGGAACCCCGACUUCCUGAAGAGACACGGCAAAGAGCUGAUCAACUUCAGUAAGAGGAGGAAAGUAGCAGAAAUCACAGGAGAGAUACAGCAGUACCAGAACCAGCCUUACUGUCUCAAGGUCCAGCAGGACAUCAAGAGGUUUUUUGAGAACCUGAACCCGAUGGGCAGUCUGGGUGAGAAGGAGUUCUCUGACUAUCUGUUCAACAAGUCUCAGGAGAUUGAGCCUCGCAACUGCAAGCAGCCGCCACGAUUCCCCAGGAAGACCCUGUACCCCCUGAAGUCCCCGGGGAUCCGGCCGGUGCGCACCUCUACGUCAGGGACCCUGAAGGGCCACCCCGUACCCUUGGAGAGAGAGCCCCCGCACAAGAUCACCUUCAGGAGCAUCGCUGAGACGGAGCAUGAGACCUCUUCCGUAGCCUCGGUCCCCACCUCACCCAACACCCCCACCCCUCCGCAGUCUGCCACCUCAGACCUCAUCUCUGUCUUCAUGGAACAAGAUCUCUGCACCUCCUACGGUGGAAACUCCAUAUUCGCUAAUGUACUCCUCCCACCCUCAAAGAUCCAGUCAGUAUCGUGUGGAAGCCUUCACCAGCUAGGAGAGGACUUACUCAAACCCCCUCCACUUCCCCCUCGCAGGAAGGAUGCUUUCUCUGAGACCAAGGUUAAAACACACACACACGCACACCAUGGUUUCUGUUAGGAAAAUAUGGCACGG